AUGGAGGUCGUCUUGCUCGAUGAUCGGAUCGCGGUCUUCGUGCUGUUCCCGAUCUUCCUCGCCGUGGUGCUUGUCUCGAUUCUGAGACAAAACCUCGCCGCGGCCGUACGAGCGCCGCGAACUCCAGAUCUUCAGCGCCUUCAGCUCAACUCGCUUCUGCAGCGCGUCGGUUUGCUGCGCGGCUCCAACGGGCGGGUGCUCCCUACGGCGGCCUUUCAGGGCCGGGUGACCUUCUACACAGACCGCGAAUGCGGAGUGAUGGGCUCGCUCCUGCGUGAAUUCGACGGACAGCAGAAUCCCAUGAAAACACUCGAGUCUUUCGCGAAGCAAGAUCCGCAUCAGACGAUGGGUAUGCUCAAGGGGCAGAUGUCCUUCAUCUUCCUGCAAGGCGGCAUGGCUUACUUCAUCAAUUACCUCUUCCCUGAUUUCCUCGUCGCGAAAAUGCCUUUCCCUCUCACCUUCCGGUUCAAGUCGAUGCUUCAGCGAGGAAUUGACUUGCCCUCCCUGGAUGUUACUUAUGUCUCCUCCCUGUCUUGGUACUUUUUGAUUAUGAUGAGCAGCGGAGGACUGUUGCAGCUCCUGUCGGCGUUGUGGUCUAACCAGCAGGAGAAACUUCAGCCGCUUGCAGAGGCGCGCGCCGAAGAGCAGACAGGCGUUCAGGCGUUGAUGAUGAUGGAUGCAGCAAUGCCACCGAUGAUGAUGAUGCCCGGCAUGGGCGGUCCCGACCCGAAGAAGCAGCUGACGCAGGAGCGCGACGCUCUCGAGAUGACGACACACCACUUCGCACUCGAAGGCAUUGAGAAGCGCUUGCUUUUGAAGUUUGAGGAAGAAAACAAGGCUUCAGCUGGGGUUGUGGAGGCGCGUUAA